AUGCCAUAUACUUGUUUUCUUUGUUCUGAAAAUACUCCUAAAACUUUCUCAUCUAAAAACUCACUUUUUAUUCAUGAAAGAACUGUUCACCCAAAUAAUAAAAUAAUACCUCACUCGCGCAGGUUAACUUCUCCAUCUUUAUACGAUAUUCACCACUUUAAACAUUCUUUUAUAAUGCAGUUAAAGGCACGCUUACAAUUUCAUAGAAGUGAACCUCGAGUAAAAACUUUAAAAAUGGGGCCCUUUUCUGAAGGACUUUUUAUUAUUUUAUUCUACAAUGAACCAACUUUUCAAUAUUCUCCAGCAAAAAGAAUGUAUACUUGUAAGUUUGAAGGUGGUCAAGGAUAUGAACAAUUAGGAAUUCUUUUUGAUAAUAAAAACUGGGGUAGUAAAAAGCGGCGAACAGGGACAUGUGCAUAUGUUUUAAUGCAGAACGCGCAAGAAACUUAUGAUGUUACUUUCUGUCGUGUGUACAAAGAUUCAAAUAUGCAGUUACGUUGUGGUUCUAUGCGUUUUGAAUUUAAUGUUGAUGUAAGAGAUUUUGUAGAAGGUAAUUGA